AUGACCACCCCCCUCAACGACGCAUCCGCUGGUGAGGCAUAUCUGACAACCCACCAAACUGCAAAUCAAAUUUUGGCACACCGAAACCCUGAAGCACAACUUCCUCCGGGAAUUCUUGCAGCUAUCCAGGAGAUUAUGGUCCAAAGCGAAAACCGACUCGGGAAUGCACUCAGGGAGGCUCUUGUGGAACUCGAGCAGUCUGCCAUCCGAAGGGAAGACACACUCAGGGCUUCUGUUGUGUUAAGUGUGAUCCGAAGCAAAACCCGACUCGCCAACCAGAUUGCAGAAUUGAGGCAAGACAUCAAUUCCUUGCAGAACUCCAUACGAAGCAUGACCGACGGCACCACUCAGGCUAUGAACCGAGCAAGAGACGCCCUCCCCAACCAACCUAAUCAGUAG